GUCGCGAAGGUGCUGGGUUUCUCGGCUGUAGUUUUUCUUGCAUGUUGGAGCGGUCUGCAGAGUGAGAGAACCAAAGAGACAGCAGAGACAACAAAGACUGCCAAGCCGUAGCCAAGCACACCAAGAUAAGGCAACAACUACAGUUGAUAGCUGAUAGCUGAUAGAGUAACUGUACCUGGUAAGUAUGUCUACUACUAGCGGAGGUGGUAGCACGGGUGGAACCAGCGGAAGCGACGAAGAGGUAGAAGAAGCCACGGGUAGAACUGGUAGUAGUUCUACAGGUAGUUCCUGUACAUUUAGUACGGAUGGUCCAGGCAGGCAAGAGCACCUACAUGAAUAUGCAGUAGACAAUUGUAAGGGCACCUCGGGAUCCGCUUCUGCCAGGACAACGAGUACUGCUAGUACCUGUACUACGAGUACUACGACUACCACUGGUCUGGGUGGAGGCGUCCUUUGGUCGUCAGAUGAAACUGGCACCAUCAGUGCAAGCACAUCGCCUUUCUCCUUAUCCUUAAGUUUGUCCAGGACUUCCUCUGCCCAAGAUCAAGAUCAAGAUCAAGACAGCGCCAAUGACAGUGGCAAUGACAAUGACAAUGACAGUGGCAAUGACAAUCCUGUACAAGUACAUGUAGUACCAGUGCCACCAAGCAGCACUACCAGUACUAGUAGCAAGCACAAGAGACCAGAGCUUGAAUCUACAUCCAGCUUGAUAGAACCAGAAGAGACACAAGAGAAACCUCCCAAGAAAUCCAAGCCAGACACGUCUACCACUUCCACUGCCAAUAGGAUUGAACAGGAACAGGAACAGGAACAGGAACAGGAACAGGAGCAGGAGCAGGAACAUGACACCAACACUACAUACUCUGACAACACUGGUAACAACAGUAAGGACAAGAAAGAAGACCACUCCCUGCUCAACGACAUGCAGCGAAGAAUGAGAAAUGCUAGAGAAAAACGCAGGAGUGGAAAGAUUUGUGAUCAGUUUGAUCUCAUCAGAGACACCAUGGUUGCCGCUGGGGUCAUUGUACCCAAAGGAACCAAAGGUACCAUUCUAGCUGCUGCCAGAGAAUACAUUGCUCUGCUGCAAGAACAGCACCGAAGGAUAUUGCUUGACAACUGCAUGUUGGUUAACCAAGUGCAAAGGAUUGGAGAUGGAGCCCUCGGCGCAUCGGCUUCAGCGGCCGUACGACAGGUGGCUGCCAAGAAUGGCAUUGCCACCAUGAUAUGGCCCAACGGUGACAAACCGGAUUCCAACAAUGCCGGUAGUCAAGCUGCUGCUGCACCAUCGACAGCUUCAGCUUCAGCUUCAGCGGCACAAACACAGUCACAGACACAAACAACAGCAACCAUUGCCAACGCGGUCACAGACUACUCGGCUGCUUUUCAAAAAUGCCCCGUCGCCAUGGGAAUUGCCACGCUCGGGGGAUCCUUCAUGGAUUGCAAUGAUCAGUUCUGCCAAAUCACAAAAUCCACAAAGGAACAAGUCACCAAGAAAACUAUAUUUUCACUCAUUGCCAAACAAGACCUUCACAAUGCAUUUGAUCAGAUUAGUCAUUGGCUCAAUGAUACCGGUGCUGCUGCUACGGCGGUGGCCACAAACACGGCAUGCCCCAGCAACGCACCUGCCACAAAAGCGCCCAUCGUCCUGCUCAGUAAUCUGGUGGCUCCCACUUCUGCCGCAGGCACAGUCAGUCCAAACAAUGGUGGAGCCAUCAUUGAAGCGCAACAGUUCAUUCGAGUCUGCCUGACACCCAUUCGAGAUCAACAGCAUCAGCAGCAGCAACAGCAACAAAGCUCUGCUGGGGGCAACGAAAACAGCAAUCCUCUGCCCACGCUGAGGUAUCUGUGUGUCACUCUACUCCAAGACAAAAACGCAUCAACCUUCAACAAUGGUCCGUUGUUGCAGCAACCACCCCAAAUUGCAACGGUACCCUUUGAAUUGCCGAAUGCUCAAGGGACGCAAGAAAAGGCGCAGCAAGCGACCGCUUCACGAUACUUCACCGUUGGGUAA